CCGCUCCCCGCCCCCUCUGAGCCGCGCCGGCGCAGUCGGAGAAGAGUGAGCCGGGCCCGCACCUGCGCGACCGAGGCCCCGAGGCUGGGGUGGCGGCUGCGAUGGAGCCUGAGGCGCCGCCGAACGAGCUGGUGUCGGCCGAGGGCCGGAACCGGAAGGCGGUGCUGUGCCAGCGCUGCGGCUCGCGGGUCCUGCAGCCGGGGACGGCGCUCUUCUCCCGCCGACAGCUCUUCCUUCCCUCCAUGAGGAAGAAGCCAGCUCUGGCCGACGGCAGCAGUCCCGAGGGCGACCUUCUCCAGGACCACUGGCUGGUGGACGACAUGUUCAUGUUUGAGAACGUGGGCUUCACCAAGGACGUGGGCAACGUCAAGUUUCUGGUCUGUGCGGACUGUGAAAUCGGACCCAUCGGCUGGCAUUGCCUGGAUGACAAGAACAGUUUCUACGUGGCCUUGGAACGGGUUUCCCAUGAGUAACGGGGGGUGGGGGGCUCAGCUCCACCCCCAACUGUAAAAGCUGCUGCUCUCAAGAACGGGUACUUAACCUGGGCAACAGCCUCCUCUGUCCGAAUACAAAUCACACGUGUCGCACGUCCAGCGGGGCGUGCAGAGCGUAGUCCUGCGUCGUCAGCUUCGCUUGUGCCUCUCGCUCGGUUCACUUGGUAUCACAGCCUUUCCUGACCUCCCUUUACCCCCCGUGUAGGGCCCAAUGCUCCCACCAAGCUCUUAUCACAGCCGGAGGUCUGCCUGGGCUCUUACCCAGGGGCCCUUGUGUCCUGCCCUGGAACAGCCAUCGUCCACCUUUUAGCAAGAGGACACAUGACAGAUGGUGCUUCUGUGCUGACAGUUGAAGCUCCACCUCCUGCAGGGAGCGUACAGGUGUCUGAGAGCGACUUUGUUGUAGGGCCAACUGUAUCUGCAAUAAUUUAAUUCCUUUUAAAAGAAGUAUAGCAUUUCCAAGUGUCAGUACUCAGACUGCUAAUCAGACACUUCGGACACACCUGAUACCGUGUGUGAGCGCCUCUGCUCCAGCUCCACAGUGACCUUGUGUUGGGAGGGUGAAUGUGGCCCCUCUUGCCGUCACAUUAGCACCUCACUGCUGCAGCCGAUAAGUUGAGGAUCAGAUUUUCAGCUCCAUCGGGCGGCCACCCCAAGGAAAGCUCAGCCUAGGCUGUUUCCCCAGGAUCUCCAGGGACCACGGUAGAGGCUGCGGGCGAUGGGCCUAGGCCUUUGUCCAGCCACACAGGAGUUUGUGGGUUUGUCUUAUGUGGACAAGUAACGCUUCCUUUGUUCUUAGGAGACCAAUCCUUUAAAGGACAGUGAGUGUCAUCAUGUACUGAACCUGCAGGGCGUGGUUCUCACAGUUUCGGUUCAUUUGGAAUAUUUACCAUCCCAGACGACAAACUUCGCAUCCAGACACCUCUGAUUCUGCAGCUGUGGGGUUACUCCGACAGUUUGGUGCUGGCAGACUUGUUCACCCAUUGAGUAGCUUUCCAGUUGUGUAUCACUUCUCUUCUGGAAUGACUCGCCUUCGGAGGAAUCUGUGUGAGCAGGUUCAGCUGUGCUCUCCCCCCCCCGGAGACCCAGGAGGCCUGCACUGGAGUAGAGACCCUGCAGCCUGCAGUCUGUUCGCGUGCAUCUGGCUUCUGGCUGCUUCCUGCGCCCUUCUCCCCACAGCUUACGCUGAGGGCUCAACUAAAGUGCAGGCAGUGGGCACAGUUUUGCAACCCGCCCCUUCCCUCUUCCCCAGUCAGAGCCUCAGUGAGCUCCAGUAGAAAACGAGAGAACUGUUUUCCAGAGAAUCGGUCAAAUGUCCAUGAUUAUGGCAUUUGCAGAAAAACAACUGUGAGAAUUAUCCACUCAGGUCAGAAGGAACAAAACCAAGUAGAUGCCUCUGGGGCAUGUGGCCCCUCCUCGCACAGCCAACGUAGGCAAAGCAUUUUUUACAAUUAGGCUUCGACUUUUCUUUCCUUUUUUAAUCACAGAAAUAAUACAUGUCAUUGCAGAUAAAUACAAAAAUGGGUACAAACAUUUUUUUAAUCACUCAUAUUUCCACCACCCAGAGAUUGCCCAUGUUAAUGUGGUGUUUAUCAUUCUCAGUGUUUUUCUACAUGUCCAUGUAAACAUGUAUUGUUUGGUAAAACAAAUACCAGAUCACACUGUACUCUUUUAUAACUUGCUUUUUCCACUUAACAAAACAUUGGCUUCUCAUGUUAGUAGAUACCCAUCUAUGUUCACCACUGUUGUUAGUAUUCCAUUGUAUUUUACUGUAAUUUAUUUCAACAAUCCACUAUUAGAUUGUCUCCAGUUUCUUAUAAACAGUGUGAUACAACGUGCAUCCUGUGCUUACGUCUGCAUAUGCAUCCCCAACUACUUCCUUGACAUACAUUCUUACAAGUGGGAUGGCAGGGUGUGAGAUGGACUCACUUCCCUGAACCUUUCUAACACUGGGUAUUUAUUAUCAUUAAAAGAAUAUUUUGCCACUUUAAUAGGAGAAAAAAAUAGUAUCAUUGUUUUGAUUUGCAUUGAUGUUAUUUCUAAUGAAAUUUUUAUAUACCUAUUGGUCAUUUGUAUUUCUUUUUUGGGAACUGCCAAACAUUGUUGCCACAGUCGCCAGAAAUAUCGAGUUGUUAUUCUGCCUUUUCAGUUUGAUGUGAAAGAAAUAAAGGCAUUUAAACAGUGGAAAUUAGAUUCCUGCACAUUCUUGGGAAGAAUAUAUAUGUAAAAGCAGAGGAGGGAGGAAACCUGAACCUGAGGGUUUAUCUUGAGGUCUGUCAACAGAUUCAUG